AUGCACUUCAAAAUCUCUUUUCUGGCAGUCCUUCUCUCCCUCCUCGCCCUCACCAAUGCAGUGACCCUGCACCAAUACAGCCGACCUCGUUGCGGCGGCAGACACGCUGUCUGCCGCAACAUCGGUCCUAGGGUCUGCUGCCAGGCCGCGAAUCGCGUGUUCGCCUCAGGCAGCUGCACCGGCUGCACAUCCACCGAUUUCCACAUAACCUGGAACAGAGUUGGGCAACGCUACUGCGGAAGAGUCGCAGCUUCUACCAACGGAGGCCGCUGCAUCUCUGGUGGUUCAAACCUUCGAGGUCACUCUUGGUGCCGGCUCUGCCGCACUGUCACUAGCGGGGGUGAAAUCGAAGAUGCCACUUGUACUUCGACUGCGGAGCCAGAUGCCCUUGAGAUCGGAAACAAGUGGUUCUCUGUCAAUGAGACGAUCUCUGAGAAUGACAGGAACGCUCUGUGGGCGCUGUGGGGUAGUGAGGCUGAUGAUAAUGUCCCGCAGAACUUGUUGAGAUAUGAGAUCGAGGCGGUGCUGGACGAUGAGGAUGAUGCGCAGGUGGCUGCAGAUGAUGAGCCAGGACAACCGGAGGAUGAGCUCCCAGGUGAGGUGCCGGACGGUCCCGAGGGAGGUGCAGAGUGA